AUGAGCGAAAAGAGUAAACUUGAAAAGAAUAAACGUGAAGAUAGUCAUGAAGAUGAUUCUGAAGCUGAUUUUAAACGUCAAAAAAUUAAAUAUUUCAUUAUAAAAUUAAAUGAAGAAUAUAAAUUAUAUCGAAGAAACAUUAGAUAUCGGCAAAAUUUGUGUGCUGCACAGAUUUUUAUAUCAAUGAUGGCUAUUUUUCUUGGUAAAUUAUUCUCAUUGGCUUCAAAAUCCAAUAUAAUGGAGAAAGUUGGAGCUCAAUUAUCAACAACAUUUGGUGGAAUUGGUGUGCUAGUAACUAUUAUUACGGCGUAUAUUAACAAUACUGCACAGAAAUAUCUUGACGAAAGCAGUUUAACUGAAAUCGAUAAGGAAAAGUUCAAACUUAUGUACCUACAUAUUCAUGAUAACAUUCUUGACCGGUUCAGUGAUGAAUUUGAUCCUGAUCAAACUUAUGUAAGCAAGGACGUGGAACAUGCGUUAAGACAUUCUUUGCUGUAUUUAGGAGAAAUUUGGUUUGGCUUAAUUAUUCUUUCCAAGUCAUUUGAUUUUUUUGAAUGUUUAGAAUUUAGAUUUUAUUCUUUAAAAAAUGAUUUACAACAUGAACUUGUACAUGAUGAACAUGAUUGUAAACUUCCACAUUCCAAAAAAAGGUUAAAUUCGAAAGAUG